AGCCAACAUAAAAGGGGGGAGCCGAGGACUGCUUCUUCGCGGGGUGGUGAUCCUGGAUGUUUAUGUUCCAGCAGAUUCAGGUUGCUCGCCCGUCUCCGAUCGCUGCUCUGCAGGAGGCGCUGCGUCAUCAGCCAGGAUCGCACCACUUGGCAGGGUACUGCCCACCUUAUCACGUCACGAGGUCGCCUCGACGACUGCAGGAGCAGCACGAAACAUCGAACACUCCUCGAUCGAGUCUCUCCAUCAACUUUGAGGCGUGGUGAACCAUGGCCGCAGGCAUGACUCAGGCUCCCUUUCCAUCGGAUCAAGAAGGGUCUCUUUUGGAUGAGCAGGGCUCCAUCCACCCUAAUUACACCCAGAAUGAAUGGGGAUAUAUAGUAGCCGGCGGCCAACCGCUUCCGCCCUCGAACGCUCUUUGGCAAGGAGAAGCAACAUCGACCUCCUGCGCCGACAACACGAAUGUUUUUGCUGCUCCGCCGUUGGAUGGCGCCUAUUUGGCGGAUUACGGGCCUGCCGCCGCCGACGACGGCGCAUGGGUUUCUCCAGCUGACGCCACAAAUGCUGGUCUUGGCUGGCCGGGUUGGCAAUUAUCCCCGACCGACACCCUCUCCCACAACCCGUGGGGUCCGGUCGACGGGCAGCCAUUCCCAUCUCCGAUGUCCGAGGCGCCGGGUUACGAUUUCACUGUGCCUUCGUUCUCCCACCCUAAUCGAUCCCCCCAAAACGGAACGAACUCGCCCGCCACGACAGCCAACUCAACCCUGCCUACCCCGCUCCUCCAACCGGGGGAGCUGAACCCAACAACAACAACAACAACCAAAAAGAACCCCCACUUCCCGCCCCCGAACCCGAGCAGCAAACGACCAGCCGAAUCGGCGCCCCGACCGCCGCGGCCGCGCACGCUCAAGCGGCACCGGUCCGACACGCCCUCGAUCGCGUCGAUCGCGUCCAUCUCGACGACGGGCAGCGCGUCGACGCUGGGCUCCGCGGCGACGACGCUGGGCGGGGUGCUGCCCGCCAACGUGGACCCGCGCGUGGCGUCGGAGCAGAUCUGCCGCGAGGCGCGCGAGCGCAGCCGCGCCGAGGCCCUCGAGAUGUCGCAGCGCCGCAUGAUGCUGCUCGACCACGAGCAGGGCGCCCUCGAGCGCGAGACCCAGCGCCUGCAGGUCAACUUGAGCCUGAUGCGCGAGGCCGCGCGCAGGGAGAAGGCGGGCCUGGAGGAGGAGGAGGCCAGGGCGGGCAGGGCCGAGAAGUGGGUUGAUGGGGGUUGAUGUUGUUGCCGCCCGGGUUGGGUUGGGUUGGGUUCUUCGUUUCUUUUUCACGAUAUGAUGAUCCGGGUACUGGUAAUCCGCGGGUGAUAUUCACAUAUAUUAAUGGGCCAUUUAACUUGGAGUCGACUGAUGCAGCUAUGCAUUCGCGGUCUUUGGUCCGUUCUUUCUUAUGGAGUUCGGGACGGUUCAAGUUAGUGCUUCGAAGGCUAGCAUCUAGCAUUUGAACUGGCGUCAAAUUGAUUUUGGUUUCACGUC